ACAGAAUAUACGUAAAAUGUGAUUAUGAGUUCAUUUAAAUUCCAUGCUUCUGCUUUAUUUUUAAUGUGUUUUGUUAUCAUUUCCUUUUAAUUAAGCAAAUAUCUGGAAAAUGAGCAGCCAAAUCCUUUGGAUCAUCUUCAGUGGUAUAGCAUUCAUCUUUACAGCAGGGAUAUCAUAUAUUUACCAUUCCAACACAGAUGAUUUAAAAUCAUUUCUGGAAAGAAUACAAUAUAAGAGAGUGAAUGUCACAGAGACACGACUCAUAGAAAUGUGGCCAAAAGCUGCCACCAAGCCGGCUCUGACGGGUAUGUGGACCGUAAAUGCUAUCGGACGACUGGGUAAUUUAAUGGGGGAAUAUGCCACACUCUACGCCCUCGCAAAGUUGAACGGUCACCAAGCCUAUAUUUAUCCGGGAAUGCACGACCAGUUAUCCAAGAUCUUUAAAAUUAAGCUGCCCGUUGUCCCCAAUGAGGUUCUAGAUCGUAUUAAAUGGAGAAACUACGGACUUAAUGAUUGGAUGUCUCCAGAAUACAAUAACAUCAAAGGAGAAUAUGUUAGAUUAACUGGUUACCCUUGCUCAUUCACCUUCUAUCAUCACAUGAAGGAUGAAAUUCUUGAGGAAUUUACUUUUCACGAUUUUGUUAAAGAGGAAAGCUACACCUACCUUGCUAAAGCACGAGGAGACCAGAAAAAUGUGACUUUUGUUGGGGUGCAUGUCCGUAGAGGAGACUACAUUCAUGUCAUGCCAAACACAUGGAGAGGGGUUGUAGCUGAUAAGGGGUAUUUACAGAAGGCCAUGGACUACUUCAGGGACAAGUAUGAAAACCCUCUUUUCGUGGUGACCAGUAAUGGCAUGGACUGGUGCAAGGAGAACAUCAAUAAUUCCCUCGGAGAUGUCCACUUUGCUGGAGAUGGUAAAGAAGGUUCUCCAGGACGAGACUUUGCCCUCUUGGCCCAUUGUAACCAUACCAUAAUGACCAUAGGGACAUUUGGGGUCUGGGCUGGAUAUCUGACAGGCGGCGAGACCAUCUACCUUUCAAAUUACACUUUGCCCGAUUCUCCAUUUCUCAGACUUUUCAAGUAUGAAGCAGCUUUUCUCCCAGAAUGGAUCGGGAUCCCUGCCGACCUCUCGCCUUUACUAAAUAAAGCCAACCCAUAAGGGAUUACCAAUGGAAUGUCUACAUUUUACAGCUGAGAUGAAGUUCAAGAAGAAUGAAAAUGUACACCUUGUAAAUCACCAUAAACUUUGGCAACAUGAAACACUGUCCUGUUAUUUAUUUGCACAAUACGGAACCUGACAAUUUUUAUUUU